AUGGAUCGCAUCAAGGAGAAGAUGAACUCCCUCCGUCUGGAGGCUGACGAGUCUGCCGCCAAGGUUGAGGAGCUCCAGGCCAGAGUCAAGACGCUCGAGCAGGAGAACCUGGCCAAGGAGCAGGAGAUCACCUCUCUCCAGCACAAGAACGGCCUGCUCGAGGGCGAGGUCGAGAAGCUUGAGACUGCAGUUAAGGACUUCAAGAAGGCUGCCGACGAGAGCGCCGGUACUGGCACACAAAACGAGACCCUUCAGCGGAGACUCCAGCUCCUCGAGGAGGAGGCCGAGGAGGCGGACAAGACCCUUCGUGAAGCCAACGAGAAGUACGUUCUGGACCCUGUCAUCGAACCGUCCAAAUAUUUCCCCCCCUUUUCUUUAGCCUUCAACCACCCCCCGACCGACCCCCUUUCGUGUUCAUUAAAACCCGCCCCACCGAUGAAUCUCGUUACUUACACCGUCUUUUUCCACAGGCUCCGACAAACCGACGUCAAGGCCGGCCACUUCGAGCGCAAGGUCCAGGCUCUCGAGUCGGAGCGUGACCAGUGGGAGUCCAAGUACGAGGAGAUGUCCAAGAAGUACACCCAAGUCCAGAAGGAGCUCGAGGACUUCCAGAACGAGAUUGGCAACAUCUAA